AGAAUUUUCCAAAUAUAACUAGGUAUAUACAUAAUUUGUGAAUGGAGUUUUUAUGGAUUUUAGUUAUUUCAUCGAGAUCUGAUUAUUAAUGUGAUUGAUUCCUUCUAAUGUAGAGUGUCUAUUUUUGUGAACCAGAACGAGGAGUACUUAUUACUGCACUUUUUAUAAAUAUGUCUUCUAUUACCGAUGAAUUUUCGAAUCCUGAACUGUUGCCAGUAGAAAAAUUAACAUUGUGCAUUAAAAAUGUUGGAGUUAUUCAACAAAUCAAAGCCCUAGAUUCUUACUGGGCAGAGAAAAGGCAGCUUACCAUAUAUGAAAGACCUCCAUUAGGGAGCACUGUUGUUUUGGGAGCUAUUGAGGCAUGGAAGAUAAAGGCAGAGACAUAUCUGGCUAAUCUCAAGUGGCUCCUCACAUUGCGGCAUCAUAAAUUUUGGAGUACAGUACUGUAUCAUCCCCACUGUAUGGAUAUGUUAGUGUCCUUCCUCCAAGAAGCGGAUCCUCCUUACGUUCCUCCCCAUGAAAGCAGAGAAGUGCAAAAAAUAUAUAUGGAAAUAAGGAGGCUAGUACUUGUAGUAUUUAGCAGAUUGAUAACCAAUAAAGAGAGCAAGUCAGAAUGGAUGAGUAAAGAAUUUAUGGCUGAUGUGAUUUACAACAACUUUGUAUUCACUAUCCCUAUAAUAUGGGACAUCUGUUUGGUGUACGGCGUGGACAAUGGUCGGCACGUCGGUCGCCUGCUAGCGAGCGUGUUCACCAUACAGCCCAAGUAUGAGGCGGAUGCGGCCGCGGCUAUCGCGUUCGUGAAAGAGGCUUUUAAAUAUAUAAUUGUUCAAGUAAACAAAGAUUAUGACAGCGACGAACCCCCAAAUCUCCCUGAAACUUUUAAAGGGUUCAGUGAGAUCCGGAGGCCCCCAGAUACGAAAUGCCCAGAGAAGAUCACGUUUAGUUGUCUCAAGGAUCUAGUUAUCCACAUGCUGGAUACAGCAAUGACCCUAAGGAUAUUCGCGGAGCUAUACCCGGGUAGUGUUAAGAUAUUUAAGAAGACUAAUUUUAUUAAUAGUAUAGUACAAUUGUACGAGUACGGUGUACCACUUCUGUACGAGAAGUUGGAGGAAGUGGGUGACCCCAGCAGCGCGGAGUACGCGCAGGUGGAGGGGGGCAUAGACGCGGCGCGCGCGGACCUCAUAGACGUGUUCAGGGAGGCGCUCGCCGUACACAAGAACGCUAUCUUCAGUGGCGAAGGCAACCUGGCGGCACAUAUAGAAGAGUACCUCUCGUUGAUAAUGGACGGAUUGUCUGAGCGACUUCUAAUCCGCGACUACAACGCGUGUUACCCGCUACAUGACGACAUCGAUGCACUCAGGCAGGCCUACCCUCAAAUUGACUCAGUUAAAACAGAUUUCAUAUUACAAGCGAUAUAUUCAAAUCUCGACGAGACUCCUCUGGAAAAUGGAAUAAUUAAUCAUAACAGUGAUUCGAUUACCAACGGCCAUCUUGAAACAAUAGACAAUGAUACCGUAAACAAUCCGGGGCCGUCCACAGACAAUGAAAUUCCGGAUAGCGUGAAAGAAGAGUCGUUGAUAAGUGAAGUAAAAGAUAUAUUGCCACAUUUAGGGGAUGGAUUCAUUUUGAAAUGUUUGCAACAUUACGGAUUUAAUGCGGCCAGAGUUAUAAAUAGUGUCUUAGAAGAUAAUCUGGCAGAGCCUUUGAAGGGGCUAGAUCAAAAUAUGCCGAUAAUACCAGAGGAUCCAGUCGACAAGAAAUUCUUAGAGACCGGCAUCCAACGAUUGAACGUGUUCGACGGCGACGAGUUCGACAUAAUGACGCGCGACGACGUCGACCUGACGCGAGUGCACGUCGGCAAACGUCGUCCGCAGUACAAGGACCUAAAGGACAUGCUCGACGACAAAACUACUGUCAAGAAGCUCACCGAUAUUUACAGCAAAUACAACCUAGUGUGCGACGAGGAGGCGAUGUAUUCCGACGAGUACGACGACACGUACGACUCGGACGGGGUCACUCCGGUGGCGGACGCGGUCGCGGACGAGCCCCGGCGCGCCCUCGUCACCCCGCGCGUGCUGCGCCCCGCGGGGAGGAGGGGGGAGGAGGACGAGUCUGAAGACGAGCAGGAGCAGGUGGAGGAGGAGAGGCCCACUAGCAGUCGGAACAAGAUGGACUUCUGCGUGAACCCUGAGGAGAUGCGCGCGCGCAGGCAGGCGCGGCACGUCCCCGCCCCCGCCCCCCACUCGCGCAGAAACGCGGAUGUAACGGGCAAGCCCAAAGGUCAAGGUCAAGAGAAAGAGGUGUUGGUGAACCGCGACCGCAAGGAGAAACACAAGUCCUCACGAGCCAACCACAACCGCAGGCAAGGCGCCCAGUGGAAGAGGAGCCAGGGACUGAUGCCUUCAUAGCGAUAAUAAACCUUAUUGCUUUAAGCAUAAAGUUUAUUCCUUGUUAAUUUAUUAUUUGUGAAGCGAAAUCAUUUUUAUAUUGGAAAACAGUAAUCGAAGAUUAAGGUACUUUGUAAUUAUUUAAGUGUUUAUCGGCCGGAUUCUGAAUUGAGAAUAGUACAAUAUCUCAACAACUUAACUAACUUUACGAUUCAGUUUUACUUCUGUCAACUGAUCAUUAAUAGAAUUAAAAUCAGUAAUGAAAACCAGUAAAAUUAAAAUCAGUAAACUUUUCAGAUGGCUUAAGUACGGUCUAAGACGUCCUUAACUUUAAAUUCUCAAUUUAGAAACCGGGUGUUUAUCUUGAAGUUAUCAGUUAUUUAUGUUAUAAAAAUACUUAGAAAAUUCAACCGUUUCAGAUGUCCGAGACGAAUUAAUACAAUGUGUAUAUUUGUUUAUUCGGUAUAACAACCGCCAUUUUACAAUAGUAUGCUCUAACUAAUAUUGAUUUUGGCAGCCAAGUAUCUUUACUUUUCAAUAAAAAUAUUUUUAACAGCGCCUACUUUUUUGAAUGUUAAAAUAUACUACGAAACUACCACAUAAAUAUAUUUAUAAAAAUAACGUUGAUUUAUG